GGAUUUACCUCCUCAUUCACAGACUGUCAGAACGACACUUGAGCCGAGACAUGAGUGGACGAGUCGGAGACCUGAGCCCAAAGCAGGCUGAGAGCCUCACUGAGUUUCGGGAAAGGAUUCAGGAUGUCCUCCCCUGCCUGCCGGCUCAGCAUGACCACUACCUCCUCCGCUGGCUCCGAGCUCGUAACUUCAACGUCCAGAAAGCGGAAAACAUGAUCCGAAAGCACGUGGAGUUCAGGAGGCAGAUGAAAGUGGACACCAUCAUAGCUGACUGGAAGCCUCCAGAGGUGAUUGAGAAGUACGUAUCCGGCGGGAUGUGUGGCUACGACCGAGAGGGGAGUCCCAUCUGGUACGAUGUGAUCGGCCCUCUGGACCCCAAAGGCUUGCUGCUGUCGGCCACCAAACAGGACUUCAUGAAGACGAAGAUCAGGCACAUUGAGAUGCUGCAGCGGGAGUGUCGGAGGCAGGCUGAGAAGCUUGGGAAGAACAUCGAGUCCAUAACUCUGAUUUAUGACUGCGAAGGACUCGGACUGAAGCACAUUUGGAAACCUGCUGUUGAGACCUAUGGGGAGAUCCUCACCAUGUAUGAAGACAACUAUCCUGAGGGCCUGAAGAGGGUGCUUCUGAUUAAAGCUCCCAAAAUGUUUCCGAUGGCCUACAACCUGAUCAAACACUUUCUGUGUGAGGAGACACGGCGGAAAAUCGUGGUUUUAGGAAGUAACUGGCAGGAAGUGCUGCGCAAGCACAUCGAUCCAGACCAGCUUCCUGUGGUGUAUGGAGGAACCUUGACUGACCCUGAUGGAGACCCUCGCUGCAGAACCAUGAUCAACUACGGUGGUACUGUUCCCAAGUCGUACUACGUGCAGGAGUCUGUGAAGGUUCAGUAUGACAGCAGCGUUACCAUCAGCCGUGGAUCAAGCUUGCAGCUGGAGUAUGAUAUCACUGCUCCCAGCAGCCUCCUGAGGUGGCAGUUUGCCAGCGAUGGAGCAGACAUCGGGUUUGGAGUGUACCGGCGCACCAAGGACAGCAGGAGUCAGAAGGUUGCUGAGAUGAUGCAGGUUCUUCCCAGUGAACGCUACAAUGCUCACCUGGUCCCUGAAGACAACUGUCUCACCUGCUCCGAGCCAGGAGUCUAUGUGCUGUGUUUUGACAACAGCUACAGCCUCCUCCAGUCCAAGAAGGUGAGCUACAACGUUGAAGUUGUUCCUCCUGAUGAUGGACAGAUGCAGGCUCCAUGCAGCUGAGGGGACCUGAGGCUGCAGUGACAACAGGGACACCUGAAAAAAUGCCAUAUCAGAUCUUCGUCACCAGCUGCUGACAGGAAAAUUCACUCUUGCCUCAAGACUGCUGGAGAGAUGAGGCUUUAAUGUCAGCCUCUAUCGGUGCAUCAUGUCCUGGUUUCUAAUUGUUUGGUACCUUCAAUUUAAAGCUCAUUAAUUCAAGCAUUAGAAACAAUACUGUGAAUGCAGUGCAUUUAAACUGUGACGUUGCAAGGAAAGAACAGAAGAAAACAGAGUUGAACUUUUGUGGUCAUUACAAGCAGUCAAGCUGACGUCCCACAGUCAUGAUUAAAAUAUACAUGUACGAACAAGAGCAUGAUAGAAUAAAAGCUAGGGUCGGUGAUUUUUCCAGAAGUUUCCCCCAAGUCCCUUUUUGAAUAAGACCGGCUUACCUCACUCUUCCGCUCUUCAGGGGGAU